CUUCCCCAGCGCUGGAGCACACGCGCAGGCACUGGUGAUGGGGAAGCUGGUGGCACUGACCCUGCUGGGGUUGGGCCUGGCCGUGAUCACAGAAAGAUUCUUGACCUUGAGGGACAAAGUAAAUGCAUCACGAGAAGUGGAGCCAGUAGAACCUGGGAACUGCCACAUUAUUGAAGGCAUAGAAAAUGGCUCUGAAGAUAUUGAGAUACUUCCUAGCGGGCUGGCUUUUAUCUCCAGUGGAUUAAAAUAUCCAGGCAUGCCAAGUUUUGCACCAGAUGAACCAGGAAAAAUCUUUUUAAUUAACCUAAAUGAGCAAAAUCCAAGGGCACAGGCAUUAAAAAUCAGUGAUGGAUUUGACAAAGCAUCAUUUAAUCCACACGGGAUCAGUACUUUCAUUGACAAAGACCAGACUGUGUAUCUUUACGUUGUGAAUCAUCCCCACAUGGAGUCCACAGUGGAGAUAUUUAAAUUUGAGGAACAACCACCUUCUCUUGUACACCAGAAAACCAUAAAACACCAAGUCCUCAAGCGUCUGAAUGACAUCGUGGUCGUGGGCCCAGAGCAGUUCUACGCCACCCGAGACCACUAUUUCACCAACUUCCUGUCCCUGUUCGAGAUACUCCUGGAUCUGCGCUGGACUUACGUUCUGUUCUACAGUCCGCAGGAAAUGAAAAUGGGUGCCAGGGGAUUUAGUUCUGCCAAUGGAAUCACAGUUUCACAAGACAAUCAGUAUGUCUAUGUAGCUGAUGUAACAGCUAAGAACAUCCAUGUACUGAAAAGAAGUGACAACUGGAAUUUAACUCACGAGAAGGUCAUCCAGCUGGACACCUUAGUGGAUAAUUUAACUGUUGAUCCUGACACGGGAGAUAUCUUAGCAGGAUGCCAUCCCAAUGGCAUGAAGCUGCUCUUCUAUAACCCUAAGGAUCCUCCUGGCUCAGAAGUGCUCCGCAUCCAGAAUGUUCUCUCCAAGAAUCCCAGAGUGAGCACAGUGUAUGCCAAUAAUGGCUCUGUGCUCCAAGCCAGCACUGUAGCUUCUGUGUAUCACGGGAAACUUCUCAUCGGCACCAUAUUUCACAGAGCUCUGUACUGUGAACUCUAGGCUCCAGGUGAUUUAAAAAAAACAAAAAAAAAAGUUACAUAUUUGGUAAAAGUAAAUCCCUAAGUAUAUGAAAACUUGAACUGUAAGUAAAUACCAACAACAA